GUCUGCAGUCUCUGGUCAUCUCCUUUACUGUCUGCAGUCUCUGGUCAUCCCCUGCACAGUCUGCAGUCUCUGGUCAUCUGUACUAUGUCCCUGGUAUUUUCCUGUACUGUCCGCAGUCUCUGGUCAUCUGUACUGUGUCCGCAGUCUCAGUCUCUCCUGUACUGUGUCAGUCUCUGGUCAUCCUGUACUGUGUCCGCAGUCUCUGUGUUCACAGUCAUCUCCUGUACUGUGUCCACAGUCUCUGGUCAUUCCCUGUACUGUGUCCGCAGUCUCUGGUCAUCUGUACUGUGUUCACAGUCUCUGGUCAUUCCCUGUACUGUGUCCGCAUCUCUGGUCAUCCUGUACUGUGUCCGCAGUCUCUGGUCCCAUCUCUGUACUGUGUGUCCGCAGUCUCUGGUCCAUCUCCUGUACUGUGUCCACAGU